AUGUUUGAAAGAAAAGACAAUUGCUAUGACCACCUGGCUGAGAUAGUGACUAUUUUUAACACAUUAGUAGAAAAUCUAGCGUUCACUAUACAAUAUGGUGGCGUUGACUACGACGUUGGUGUAAACAGUACGUACCUGGACGGUUUGGCUGAGUGCGAGCCUGGAUAUGCAUCCGUCUGGCAGUAUUGUGUAUCGUGUGGUAAGGGAACAUAUGCCACUAACGACUACUGUGAGAGCUGCCCUCGAGGCUACUACCAGGACGAGGAAGCACAGCCCUCGUGCAAGAAAUGUCCUGAUGGCUGGACCACUGCCGGACUUAUGUCUAGAGACAGCAUACAUUGCAAUGUUGAGAAACCCGAGGAAGACACCACAAUAAAUUUGAUUCUGUACAUAAUCAUUAUUGUGGUUGGAACUUUCUUUAUAAUUCUGGCAGUUGUAGGAAUUGUUUACCGGUUAAAGAAAAGGGGGAGUGGAGUACAACCCGAUGGUCAUAACAACCAGUAUAACACAUCUAACAACAUUGGUAACGUAAAUUCAAAUGAAAGGUUUCAAAUGAGUAACGUGGAGCCAGCCUAUGCUUAUAACACCAUGUACAACACACAUCACGACAAUGCGGUUACUAAUGCCAAUAAAAAGUUUCGUCCGACAACUUUUGAAGAAGAACUAAAUGCCUCGGUUGAGAGGAGGCGUCAACAUUUGGAUGACUAUCAUGGUGCUUACAAUAAUCCAAUUUACACAAAUGCGCGUGCUGAUCCGGUGGCGUAUACAGAUGCAAGUGGUGCUUAUAUUAUUUUAGAGACCAAUUUAGAUAAACCACCGUUAUCACCACAAACAGUAUACAAGAAAAAUGCAUGGGAAUAAAAUCGGUAUCCGAUAAACGUCAGACAAAGUACUCACUUUUUAUUCGAGCGCCAACAUGAUUGUACCGGAAGUGCUAGAAGUCAACUUCAGUAUCAAUUUUGAAUGCAUAGAAGACAUUCAGUGAUAUUUUGAUAAAUCUGUGAUAUUCAAAUUUGUGUUUUAAUUGUUAAAUUUUAUUUUGUUGUUUUAUAUAUUCUAGACAAUGUGCUACUAAUUGCUCACAAGUAAAUACAUGUACACAUUUUAUCAUGAAUAGCAGUAUAUACAUUAAAUGUCAUCACUUCUUCAUAAAUUGUUCGUUUACUAAUGCUAAUUAUCAUAUGUUUUAAAAAUGUAUUUAUAUAUUGUUAUAUUUUUUGUUGGUAUCUUAACAAUAUUACAUGUACUAACAUACUUGUUAAGUAAGUUAAACUUCAAGCAGAAAAAUAGUGCCCCUGUUACUAAAUGUAUUCAAUGUAUAUUUUACUUCUAAUGAUAUGUUAUAACAUGAGGGAUUUUUGUGAACCAAGCUUAAUAUUUGAAUAUUUAAAGACUGCGCAUUAAUUAUUUGUUAAUGACAGGCAUGUUAUCUAUGAAAUUAUUUACAAUUUGUAUUUUUUUUAUAUAUUGUUCACUUAUAGUUAGCUAUACGAAGUUUUUUGAGAUCACAUUCAAUUCAGUGUCGUCGUUCGUUAAAGAUUAUUUUGCAUAAAACGAUCUUAAACUAUAAUGUCUUUCUUACGUG